AAUUCUUAAUGAAGGUGCAUGUGUACCAUACAUAAUCCUUCAUUUGUAUCCUAUAUAAACAAAUUUUUUGAUUGUUAGUAUCCAAGCACAAUUCUAUCCUCCUAAGAGCACUAUGGAAGGGCUUAGACCAAUUCGGGUAUCAAAGAAAGAUAGCGAGGACGGCCAACCCUUGAGUCCAAUGGCUCGCAUCUGUCAUCAACCUUACUCCGAUGUCUACAUCAUCAUCAUCAUGGGGUUUAAUUCCCCAAUCAGCCCUCUUGUUUUUAAAGCCAGUUUGCGCCAUUCUUUACUCAAGCAUCCUCGUUUCUCUAGUUUGCAGGUUGUGGAAAGUGGUGGGGAAAUGAGAUGGGUCAAAAUAGAGGUGAACUUGGAUAACCAUGUAAGAGUUCCUGUGCUUGAUCCAAACAUGGAGUCUCCUGAUAAGUUUGUGGAAGAUUACGCUUCCAAUCUUAGCAAAACCACAAUUAGUAAGUCCAUACCUUUGUGGGAUGUUCAUCUUCUCAACGUUAAAACCUCUGAAGCUGAAUCUACUGUCAUUUUUCGCAUCCACCAUUCCCUUGGCGAUGGCAUUUCCCUCAUGUCUCUUUUACUUUCUUGCUCUCGCAAAGCAUCUGAUCCUGAGGCACUUCCAAACAUCCCAACAAUAAAAAGAAGGAAUCCUAGUUACCCUGGAAGGUUAACGUCCUGGCAAUUUUUGCUCAAGUUAUGGUGGUUGGUGUUGCUGUGUUGGAAUACUAUUGUUGAUGUACUGAUACUUCUGGGGACAAUUUUCUUCUUGGAGGAUACUAAAACGCCUCUUAAAGGUACAUUGCCGCUCGGACUUGCUCAAAGAAGGUUUGUUCAUAGAACAAUCAGUUUGGAUGACGUAAAGCUUGUGAAGAAUGCCAUGGGCACAACAAUCAAUGAUGUGAUGGUAGCAAUCACACAAGCUGGUUUGUCUAGCUAUCUUAACAGGAAGUAUGGCGAUGAGAAGACAUAUAACAAAGGAGCAGAAGAGAAUAAUAACAAUCUUCCCAACAACAUUCGUCUUAGAGCAGCUCUUGUGGUGAACAUUAGACCAUCUGCAGGCAUCCAAGCUUUUGAUGAUAUGAUGAGAAAGGACAGUAGAGCAAGGUGGGGUAACCACUUCGGAUGUGUUCUAUUUCCCUUCACCAUUGCAUUACGUGAAGAUCCAUUAGAUUAUAUACGUGUUGCUAAAGUUACUGGACACAGAAAAAAAUCUACUCUUGAAGCUAAAUUCACUUAUUCCAUGGUCAAGUUUUCUCCCAAAUGUUUCACUAAUAAGAUAUCGAGCUUUCGAAAUCGAAUCACUUUGUGGUUUUCAAAUGUACCUGGUCCAGAAGAAGAAAUAUCUUACUUUGGCCAUCCUGUAGCCUUCAUAGCACUCAGUUUUUAUGGACAACCUAAUGCAUUAGUGAUUCAUGUAGUGAGUUAUGCGAACAAGAUGAAAAUCACCUUAUCAGUCGACGAAAAUAUAAUUUCAGAUCCACAUCAACUCUGCGAUGAUCUUCAAAAUUCUCUUGACCUCAUGAAGAAUGCUGUCAUAACUAACCAAAGGACAGAUCCUAAAUGAUACACCACUGGUUAGUGGUAACGUUUUGUAGCUAAAUAAUUAAAUAUGGAAGCGAAAAAUUGUGUACCCUCUUGAUUGCCAUCGAUCAUCAACAAUAAUGUCCUGCAGCAAAUAUCAUUUUGCAUUGGAUGGGGAAUACAAUAAAAAGGCUAGGGGCUGCAAUGUUAUCGUCAAUGCGACAAUAUCAUGCAGAUCAAGUUGAUCCAGAUCAAGAGGAGCAUAUUAGUAUUUUCCACAUAAUUAUAUUUCUUAAUAUUUAUUCCUUAAAUGCUAUAACAAUGUAAUGACAAUAAUAACAUUUAAUGUGAAAUGGAAUAUUUUUAUUGAUUA